AUGGAAUAUCUAACAAUUGUUAAUUGUUAUGAACAAGUCCAACAAGCCGUAGAUGCACUUCUUGAUAACAGUAUAGGCACACAACCGGUGAGAGAUAGUCACGAUAGACCUUAUAAAUCGUUCUCAGAUUUCAUCCAAGGUAAAGAAGGAAGAUUCCGUGAAAAUUUACUUGGAAAACGGGUCGAUUAUUCAGGUCGUUCUGUUAUUGUGGUAGGUCCCCUUCUCUCAUUGUAUCAAUGUGGAUUGCCCCGAGAAAUCGCAAUAGAGCUUUUUCAAGCAUUUUUAAUUCGUGAUCUGGUUGAACGACAGAUUGCUCCCAAUCUAAGAGCUGCUAAAUUUUUAAUUCGAGAUAGGGGACCUAUUAUAUGGAACGUACUUAAACAGAUUAUGCAAAAACAUCCCAUAUUGUUAAAUCGAGCACCCACCUUACACAGAUUAGGAAUACAAGCGUUUAUACCUGUUUUAAUAAACGAACGUGCCAUUCGGUUACACUCAUUGGUUUGUGCAGGAUUUAAUGCGGACUUUGACGGAGAUCAGAUGGCUGUCCACGUACCUUUAUCUAUGGAAGCUCAAGUAGAAGCUCGUUUACUUAUGUUUUCUCAUCUCGAUCUUAUCUCUCCAACCAUAGGAGAUCCUAUUUGUGUACCGACUCAAGAUAUGCUUCUAGGACUUUAUAGAUCAACUCUUCAAAAAAACCAGGGUAUUUAUGAAAAUAGGUACCAUCCAAAUAGCUCAAAAAAGAAGAUCGUCUCGCCUUCGUUUUAUAGCUAUGAUGAUGCGCUUAAAGCUUAUGAACAAAAACAAAUUGAUUUAGACAGUCCUUUAUGGCUCCGAUGGGGGAGAGAGAUAGAUACCUCUAUUAUUAAUUCAGUAAACCGAGAACUUCCUAUCGAAGUUCAAUAUGAAUGUUUAGGUACCUUCUACGAAAUCUAUGAUCAUUUUCGAAUAAGAAAAGGUAGAGUGGGGGAAAUACUUAAUAAAUACAUUCGAACAACCGUUGGUCGCAUUCGUUUUAAUCGAGAAAUAGAAGAAGCUAUAAAAGGCUUGUGGACUUAUGAUAUCCGACAAGAAAUGUUACUAUUCAGAAUUUAAUGUUAUUAAUCUUACGCUUAUCUCAUUGAUGCAGAGAUAAAGAUCAAGGGAGCCUCCCAGCUUAAACCCAUUGCUUAAUUCUGCUCCCCAAAAUAAAAUGGGGAUAUCUUAUUCUUAUGACACAAAAUCCCGUCAAAUUUGUCCAUCCCUUUCCCUUUGAAGUGCCCUUUUUUAAUAAAGGGAUGGAUAAAUUUGUUAUGAAG